AUGGCGAAUCUGACCAACACGCACCGAAUCGGCGCCCUGGUUCCCGCCACCAAUCCGGUGGUAGAACCCGACUUCUACCGGGUGGUGCCGCCGGAAAUCACGGUGCACUUCGAGCGUAUGUGGAACGGCACUUGGGGAACUCAGCCGGAAAUUUCCAGCGAGACCGGGCACCGUCUCAGUAUGACCAGCAACGAAGCCAACGAAGUCGACUGGGCGCUGUUCGGAUUCGACGUCGGCAAGAUGAACGACGAUGUGGCCCGUGGCGCCAGCGCCCUGUCCAACAUCGGUCCCGACGUUCUGGUCUAUGCCUGCACCUCCGGCACGUGGCAUAAGGGCUAUAUGGCCUACGAUCAGCGGAUGGCGGAAAUCAUGGAGGCAGCCAGCGGCGUCCAAUCAAUAACCGCUGUAACUUCCUGCAUCGCCGCCAUGCGGCACAUGGGCAGCCGCCGGCUGAGCAUCGCUGGUCCAUACCGCAACUUCCACCUGCGAAACCGGCUCAAACCGCUGAUGGAAGAGGCCGGCUUCGAGGUACUCAGCGCCGACGGCGAGCCGUGGAUGCAGGACUCGAUGAACCCUCGCGAAAUCGACGCCGAGCCUCCCCAGACCAUCAUCGAUCGCCUUCGUGCCACGUGGUGCACGAAGAGGCCGAGACCAUGGCUGGUCCUGCCCGGCACGGCCUAGGCGGCGCUGGACGCAGACGGAGAGAACUGGAGCAGAAGCUGGCAAGACCGUCAUCACCGUCAACCAGGCC